AUCACGUCUGAUAAUAGAAUAUGUAGCCGGCAUUAAUGGCGGGAUACCGAGUGGCUGUGGGACAAGGAAUGUGUUAUUUUCCUCUUGUUUUUUAUCAAUCAAACCGCUUAAUGCCCAUAAUAGCUGGUCACUGUUUCUUGAAUGAAUCGUAGUCAUUCCUCCAGAUUUCCGGUUUCCACCUUUGCCUCUCUGAAUAUCAUUACUGCAAAUAUUCUUUUUGGUUGAUUGUUUUGGUCUGAACCUACAAACUCACCUCUCAAUUUGACCAAAAACAAAAGAAAUAAAAUUUGGGUUUGAUCCUGCAUUUGUUGAAUUGUCACAAGGUCAGUUUGUUUUGCAGCGCAGAACGUGACUGAGCAGUAAUGCCCGUGCUCGGAGAUGGAACUCUCAUAGUCUCUUUGUUAUUUUGGCCUAGAUACACCUCAUGGAUAAUCACGACCACAACGACGACAACAACAAAACGCCAAUGGUUCGGAUCCAAUCCACUGUAGAGAUGGAGUCGUUUGAAGAAAGAUCGGUUGAGUUUGAGGAUGAGAGCUUAGAGAGUCCUGCAUCAAUUGCUAGAAAGAAACAUUCUUUUCAUGCGGCUCCGCAUAUAUCCGCCGGUGGUUCAGACCAUUGUUAUGCAGAAGAAAUUAUCAGGAAUAGCGUGAUAGAUAGCAUAAAGAUCGUAGUCUUCUCAGCCAAAAUCAACUUACUCAUGCCUUUUGGCCCUCUAGCAAUCUUGGUCGAUAAAUUGUCUGGAAAUCACAGUUGGGUCUUCUUUUUAAGCUUACUGGGUAUUAUACCUUUGGCUGAGCGUCUGGGUUAUGCUACAGAGCAGUUGGCUUGGUUUACUGGACCUACAGUUGGAGGUCUUCUAAAUGCUACUUUUGGAAAUGCGACAGAAUUGAUAAUAUCAAUUCAUGCACUGAAAAUUGGCAUGAUACGCGUCGUUCAGCAGUCAUUACUGGGCUCAAUUUUGUCUAACAUGCUGCUAGUGCUUGGAUGUGCAUUCUUCAGUGGUGGACUUGUGUUUUUUGAGAGAGAACAAGUAUUCAACAAGGGAGCUGUUGCAGUGGACUCUGGUUUGCUGUUGAUGGCAGUCAUGGGCCUUCUAUUCCCGGCUGUCCUUCAUUCUACACACACAGAGUUACAUUUUGGGACGUCUGAGUUAGCUCUAUCAAGGUUUAGUAGCUGUAUUAUGCUUGUGGCAUAUGCUUCCUAUCUUUUUUUUCAGUUGAGGAGGCAGAACAAUGUAUACGUCCCUGUUAGUGAGGGGGAGCCUCAGAUUGAAGGGAGUUCAGAUGAUGAAGAAGCUCCAGAGAUCUCUAAGUGGGAAUCAAUAAUAUGGCUAUCAAUUUUGACUGCAUGGAUUUCGGUCCUCUCAGAAUAUUUAGUUGAUGCCAUAGAGGGGGCAUCUGUUUCAUUAAAAAUCCCGAUAGCAUUUAUCAGUGUUAUUCUGCUCCCAAUUGUUGGGAAUGCUGCAGAGCAUGCAGGUGCUGUUAUGUUUGCCAUGAAAGACAAGCUUGACAUAUCUUUGGGAGUGGCAAUAGGCUCAUCAACACAGAUAGCAAUGUUUGGGAUUCCCUUUUGUGUGGUAGCUGGGUGGGUCAUGGGGCGUCCUAUGGACUUAAACUUCCAACUUUUUGAGACAGCCACGCUUUUCAUUACUGUUCUCGUGGUAGCCUUCAUGCUGCAGGAGGGAACUGCUAAUUACUUAAAAGGACUAAUGCUCAUUCUUUGCUACCUGAUAGUUGCUGCUAGUUUCUUUGUACACAUAGACCCUACUUCAGUAGAAGACAAUGCCCCUAAACCAAGUCCCUGAAGCCAUAGGAUUACGAAGUGAAUCUGCUAAAGCUCAAGGUCCACUUAGUUUGUGCUGUGAGGAAGUGAUUUGCACAGACUCCCUAAAACUUAGUCAAUUGUGAGGGACUUUAAGGUGGAUGUUCUGAAGCUAAAGGUUUAUUUUGUCAGUGUAUAGUUUUCCAAGUUGAACUAUCCUGUCUUCCCAGUUUAAGGUGUUGUUUAGUGCACUAUUCUUUCAUGUGGCCGGCGACCGAUUCGUUCUUGUCCCCCGUGGAUAGCUAAAGAAGAGAUGGUUGGUUGUAGGCUCUAGUUUUUGUAUUGGAUUUGAUAGUCAGUCAAAAUGAAGGAAAUCUGGAGGAUACUAGUUUUUCUUCGGUCAUUGAAAGGUUUUGUUAUUAUAUAUUGUAUACACAUUGGAAAUGUAAUCUAGUGUUUUAACAUAGUCAAAAUGGGUUGCCAUUCAGCCUUCUAGCGGAUGAUGUUCCUUGUUCAGGCUUCCAUAUUUUGUACAUGAAUGUUCAUGAUUUAUUUAUUUUUUUCCCGUUUUGGUGUCC